CCACCUGUCCCCAGCAGGUCUGCUCCACCGGUUUCAGGUGAGAAACUUCUCCAAGGAGUGCUUUCUUUGAAAACACUUACUUUAAUUCUUCUGUUUUGUAUUUGUCCUGUAUAAGCACAAUGAAGCUUUUCACAGGCCUCGUUCUCUGCUCCUUGGUGCUGGGAGUCCACAGCCGAUGGUUUUCCUUCCUUGGUGAGGCUUAUGAAGGGGCUAAAGACAUGUGGAGAGCCUACUCUGACAUGAGAGAAGCCAAUUACAAAAAUUCAGACAAGUACUUCCACGCCCGGGGCAACCGUGACGCUGCCGAAAGGGGACCUGGGGGCGUCUGGGCUGCUAAAGUGAUCAGUGAUGCCAGAGAGAUGAUUCCGAGAGUCACAGACUUUUUUAAACAUGGAGACAGUGGCCACGGACUGGAGGACUCGAGGGCCGACCAGGCUGCCAAUGAAUGGGGCCGGAGCGGCAAAGACCCCAAUCACUUCAGACCUCCCGGCCUGCCCGACAAGUACUGAGCUGCCUCUCACUCUGCUCAGGAGACGACGGGGCUGUGAGCCCCCAAGGGCAGGGACGCUGAGCUAGUGAGUUCUCUGUCCACAGAUGCCAGCAGAUCUAAUAAAUGCUUAAGAGAUUGAAUGUUGAAAA